AUGCCCAAAAGGAAGAGGGAGACCAAGACGCCCACACAGCUGCGGAAUGCCAGGAAGCGCAAGGCGAAGAAGCGAGAAAAGGCAACCGCUCGACUGCAGGAUCCAUCCCUUGUCUACAUUGACGAUCCCCUCAGCGCACCGACUGUGCUCCAAGCUAAGCACUUCUUCAAAGAGUUGGGGCAGCGGCUGCCCCUACAGCUCAAGGCCAAAGAAGGCUGGCGCUCCUCAGCGAAGCUCGCUGUACGCAGAGGAGCUGAUGGCUUGAAGAUUGGGCUUUUCCUCCCCAAGUCACAUGAGAUCAUCUCGGUCUUGGGCUGCUCUGCUCAUCAUCCUGCGAUCAACCAAGCCUUGGAGGCCAUCACAGUGAUUGGCGCCUCUGGAAAGAUCAAAGGCUACGACGAACUUGACGGCACAGGGGACCUUCGCUAUGUGAAGCUGGACGUGGAGCGAAGCACCGAACUGGUUCAGGUGACGCUGGUGUGGAAUGCCUCCUCGCAGGAGGAGGCGGGCUCCAGCCUGUCCUGGUUACUGAAAAAGCUGAAGCGACAUGAGUUGUGGCACUCCAUCUGGUUGAACUUCAAUGCGGCCGACAAGCACACCUCCCGCAUUCUGGCCUACGAAAAAGAGGCCUGGUUGCAGGUGCACGGCCCCAAGCGUUUCCUGCGGGAGGCGCUUCACAGCGUGGAGGGCGAAGCAGUGGAACUCUGCUUUCCGCCCUUCGUCUUCCGCCAAGCGAAUCUUUGCGCCUUCGAAGAUAUUGUGAGCUUGGCACGGCACUUCGUGCCUGCGCAGAGUGUGGUAGUGGAGCUGUAUGGAGGCGUUGGCACCAUUGGUCUUCAUUUGGCCGACCGGGUGAGUUCGCUGGUGUGCAGCGACGAGAAUCCUCACAACAGGCUUUGCUUCAAGCGUAGUGCCAAAGCUCUUCCAGAAGAGCUCAGGCCACACUUGAGCUACGUCCAGGGUGAUGCCGCUUCACAGGUCAAGAGCGUCCCUACAGCUGAUGUGGUGAUUGUGGACCCGCCCAGAAAGGGGUUGGACGAGGCUGUUCUCCAAGCCCUCUGUCGGUCGAGAAAGAAGAAACAGCAGCGGCUCAUUUAUGUCAGCUGCGGCUUCCCCGCCUUCCAGCGUGACUGCCAAAAGUUGAUAGAUGCAGGAUGGACGGUCCACCAUGCAGAGGGCUUCAUCCUCUUCCCUGGUGCGGAUCACCUGGAGACCUUCUGCGUCUUUGACCGAGCAUGA